AUGUCUGACAACGUCGAAACUGCUCUAUCUUACGCUGCUCUAGUUCUAGCUGAUGCUGAAGUUGAAAUUUCUUCUGAAAAGCUAGUUACUCUAGUUGAAGCUGCCAACAUUCCAAUCGAAGGUAUCUGGGCUGAUAUCUUUGCCAAGGCUCUAGAAGGUCAAAACCUAAAGGACCUUUUGGUUAACUUCUCUGCUUCUGCUGCUCCAGCUUCUGCUGGUGCUGCUGGUUCAGCUGCUGGUGCCGCUGCCGGUGAAGCUGCUGAAGAAGCUGAAGAAGAAGCUAAGGAAGAAUCCGAUGAUGACAUGGGUUUCGGUCUAUUCGAUUAA